AUGCUGAAUACUCCUUUCGCUAUCCAGCUGCUAAAUUUGGAGUCAUCAUCAUUCAAUUAUGGAGACAUCUGCAAGGAAUUUGAAGUGAAAAAAUUAACUUUUGACGAAUCACUUCAGCUUUUUAACUUGUAUGCCUUCGGAAAGAGUUGUUCGAUUGAGAUCAAUUCAAUGGAGUACUCAAGGAAAGUAGUGAAACAUUGUGGUGGGUUUCCAUUAGAUCUUAAAGUUUUGGGUUCUUCACUAUCAGGAAAAAGUAAGAAUGUUUGGAAAAAUGCAUUGGAGAAAUUGGAAGCAAUCCCUGAUAGCAAAAGUCAAAAGAUUCUAAGAAUAAGCUGUGAUUCCAUGGAAGAUGAUUAUGAUAAAAAUUUAUUCCUUGACAUAGCUUGUUUCUUCAAUGGAAGGAUAAAGAUUACACAACUACAAUUCUAG